AUGUUACACGCGUGGCGUGAUUUUGUUUCUGAAGUCGAUCCGGAUGUUGUUAUUGGGUAUAAUAUUUCUAAUUUCGAUUUACCUUACCUGCUGGAUCGGGCUGCACGUCUUAACGCUAAAGAAUUUCCGUUCCUUGGUCGCGUUAUAU